GCUGCGGUUUGGGUGACGUCCAGAAGCAGACGUAGAGAAACAGUGCUGCAGUUUGCAGUCCCUCACCUCCACACUGUUGUCAUUUUCCUCCAGAACUUGGCGGAUAUUUGGCAGCAGACAGCUGAACCCAACAGGCUUAACGAAAAUAAACAACCAACCCUGGCUGUUUGCAGCCUUCCUCAGUUUCUCCAGUGAGAGAAAGGGCUGCUGGAUGAGAGGAAGCACUGAGACGGAGCAAAGCGUCCAGGGGAUCAACCGUGGAUCUUUCCAGGACCUCGUCACAUGGGAGUGCGCGUCCGCACGCGUGAGGGUGUGUUCAGGGCUCCCUACGUCCCUGAGCCAACAUGGCGGCCGGACGAGAGCGUGUUUCACGAACACAGAGGCCAUGGUCGGUGUACCGGGCCAACACCUUCGAGCUUUCCAGCGAGAUGAUUGGCCUGGCACUCGCAGGAAAUAGUCAGGACCCAGACGAGCCGGUUUUGGAGUUCAGUAUCUCCUGCACAGAGCUGGCCACUCCCUCCAUGGAGCGCAAACCCAACAGUUUUGUGGCAGUGAGCUGCACAACCCCACCACAGGCAUUCUGGACCAAACACGCCCAGACUGAAGUCAUAGAGGGCACCAGUAACCCCACGUUCCUCAGCAGCAUCGCCUUCUUCCAGGACUGCAACAUAAACCAGCAGACGCAGGUCAAGCUAGCCGUGUACGAUGUAAAGGACCGCUCGCAGGGAACGAUGUACAUGUUGGGUUCUGCACUGUUUGCGGUGAAGGAAAUACUGCAGGAGAAAGGCCACAGAUUGGAGCUAGAGCUGAGAUCGGCGGAGAAAGAACGGGUUGGGAAGCUUACGGUGACUGCUUGGCAGAUGGAUGAGAAAGCAGAUCAUAGGAUGUCUGUUAGAAGUCUGCCAGAAAGCAUCAAUGGCCGAACGGUGCUGCCGGUCGAUGAGAGCCUGACCGAGUCGAUGGGAGUCCGGAUCAAAUACGCCUCGUUGGGCAAAGAUAGCCUGCUGCGCUCAGUGUUUGGAGGCACCAUGUCCAGGAUGUACCGCUUCCCAACAACCGACGGGAAGCAUCUCCGGGUCCUGGAGCAGAUGGCAGAGAGCGUCCUGUCCCUCAACAUUCCCCGGCAGUUUGUUAAGCUGCUUCUGGAGGAGGACACUGCCAGGGUGUGUGAGCUGGAGGAGCUGGGAGAGUUGUCCCCCUGCUGGGAGAGUCUGCGGCGACAGAUCGUGUCCCAGUACCAGUCCAUAAUACUGGCAUAUCAGGAGACAUUAUCUGACCUCAAUGGAUACAGAGGUCCAUCAUUCAAAGCUAGCAACCUGAAGGCAGACAGGAAGCUGGAAUUCAUGCCGACCAACCUCCAUGUGCAGCGGAUGAGGGUGCAGGAUGAGCUGGGCUUCGAGCACACCUAUGAUGUGAUAACGAUCGGCGCCCCGGCCGCUCACUGUCAGGGCUUUAAAAGCGGCGGCCUCAGGAAGCUCAUCCAAAAGUUCGAGGAGGCGAAGAAACACGUUUAUGAGGAUGGAUGCAGCGCUCUCUCCAGCUCACAGUCCAUCGUCUAUAUACCCCAGGACAUAGUCCGAGCCAAAGAGAUCAUUGCUCACAUCAAUACGCUCAAGACUCAGGUCAACUACUACGCUGAGAGGCUUUCCCGAGCCGCCAAAGACCGAUCAGCCAGCGGGCUGGAGAGGACGCUGGCUAUUUUGUCCGAUAAGACUCGUCAGCUGGUGACGGUUUGCGACUGCAAACUGCUAGCUUCGGCCAUCCAGGCUUUGAAUGCGGCUCGGCCCGAGUACAUCGCCUCCAAAGCGUCCCCUACGGCCGAACCAGAACAAGUGGUCCUCCGCAACGACCAGGACACCCUGCUCGCCAAGUGGAGCGGUCGCAACAGUCGAUCUUCACUGCAUGUGGACUGGCAUGAAGAGGAAUGGGAGAAGGUUUGGGUAAAUGUGGACAAAUCUCUGGAGUGCAUCAUCCAGCGUGUGGAUAAGCUGUUACAGAAAGAGAGGAGACCCAGCAGCAGUAGCCUGGACAGUACCCAGAAUGACCUGCAGGGCGGCAGCGGCAAGAAAGGGGAGGAAAAAAGACGAGCUUUCUGGAUCAACCCGGGAAGUUUGUCACAGGAAUCAUUGCCAUCUGAACCAACUCCAUCGUCCUCAUCACCUCCACCAUACUCUUCCUCUUCGCCUGCCCUGUCCUCAUCUGUACGGCCCCCCAGCCCCGAACAGGAAUACUAUGGAAGCCCGAGUGCAGAGGAGGCAUACCCAGGCGAGUGGAGCGAGGCGCUCUACCCGCUCCUCACCACGCUCACCGAGUGCGUCACCAUGAUGAGCGACAAGGCCAAGAAGUCCAUGGUGUUUCUGCUCAUGCAGGACAGCGCCCCCACCAUAUCCAUGGACGUCUCCCUGCAGUACCGCCGGGACGUCGUCUUCUGCCAGGCGCUAACCGCACUGAUCUGCGGCUUCGUCAUCAAGCUGAGGAACUGCCUUCGAGAUAACGGUUUCCUACGGCAGCUCUACACUAUCGGCCUGCUGGCACAAUUCGAAUCCCUGCUCAGCACCUAUGGAGAGGAGCUCUCCAUGUUGGAGGAUAUGAGCAUCGGCGUCAUGGAUCUGCGUAAUGUCACCUUUAAGGUCACCCAGGCGACGGGCAGCUCCGCCCCCGACAUGCUGCCCAUCAUCACAGGCAACAGGAACGGCUUCAACGUCCGCAUCCCGCUUCCGGGCAGCAUGUUUGACGCGUUGCCGCGGGAGAUCCAGAGCGGGAUGCUGCUGCGAGUCCAGCCGGUGCACUUCAACGUCGGCAUAAACGAGCAGCAAACGUUGGCCGAGAAGUUCGGGGACACAUCCCUGCAGGAAAUCAUCAACGUAGAAAGCCUCUCCAGGCUGAACUCAUACUACGAACAGUUCAAAGAAGUUCUUCCUGAGGACUGCCUCCCAAGGUCUCGUUCUCAGACCUGUCUUCCUGAGCUGCUGAGAUUUCUGGGUCAGAACGUCAACGCAAGGAAGAACAAGAACGUCGACAUCCUCUGGCAGGCUGCUGAGAUUUGCCGCCGGCUAAACGGUGUCCGUUUCACCAGCUGCAAGAGCGCCAAAGAUCGCACGGCUAUGUCGAUUACACUGGAGCAGUGCCUGAUCCUGCAGCAUGAACACGGCAUGGCGCCGCAGGUCUUCACGCAAGCGCUCGACUGCAUGCGCAGCGAGGGCUGCAGGCGAGAAAACACGGUGAAGAAUGUCGGCACCAGAAAAUACGCCUUCAACUCGCUCCAGCUCAGGGCCUUCCCCAAACACUACCGGCCGCCCGAUGGCACCUACGGGAAGGUGGAAACCUGAUGGAAGCACCGGCGCCAUGUCAGGUCAUCAGCAGCAUCACUGGACCUCUUUGUAUGAUUCAGAUUAGACAGAUUUACAGUCAUGACUCAUCCUGGACUGAUACCAGAUGUUUUAGAUGACAUUUUGUUGAAGGUAAUUUAAUGUGCAAAGUAGAACCAUAUUAAAAAAUAUACAGGCAAAUCUUCUAAAAGGUCUGUUUUCAGGUACGCAUACAGAAUGUCGCAUAUGUUAUGUCCAUAAUACGCUCAACACUGUUUUACCUCACUGCCUCAAGUUUUUCAAGCACUGAUAAUCGAUAUUUACCUGCCAGAUUAGAGGGAGGAAUCAUGUAAAAUCCAGCUUUAGCUAAAAAUUAGUGCAUUUAUCAUGUAGCAUAAGAAGCAGUGCCUUUAAAAUGUUGUCUGAAGUGCCCAAGGAGUACCUUUUGUUUUUCUUAGUGGAUGGACCAGAAAAGUUCAUGUUUUGCACCUCAGUGUUAAAGAAUGAAUCAGCAUUUUGCUGAACUUUAACAAUAGAUUAUUUAAAAAGACCUAAUAAGGCGAUUUAAAUGAGGGUAGAUUAGUGCAGAGCCAACGAUGUUCUGAAUUAAACACAGAGGGAGGCGUCACUGUGCUUCUACCUAGAUACUGUACGCAGCUCUACAUGUCUGAACCCGCUGCCAUGUGUGCUAAAGUUGUGCUAUGUACAUGUUUUAGUCGUCACUGAGAUUUUGUUUUAUUUUGUCUCUGUUAACAUACACAAUUUACUUUGAAUAUUUGAACAUUGUUUUGUCAUGUUGUUAAAAUAAACAACUUUUUUUGCGA